UUUGUUAUGCGGAAGAAUGCAUACGUUUACGUGUGUUAACAAGCUCUAAACAUGGCGGGGCUUCUUUGGAGGCUUACGUGAAAGGUUAGACAUUUCCCACAAACUUCGACACAAUGAUACGGAUUUGCUCUAGCUCAAGUAAGAAUUUCAGUAAGUCUCAGAAGGACGAAGGCUGUUUUCGUCGCCCCAUGUGGCUUAAUCUCCUCCGGACUUCACGUAACACGGAAAAACGACCUGUUUUCCUUUUGAGAGAAAGUCAGUGAGGUAAUAGAACUAAGAUGGAGGAGAGAAACCAGCGAGUGGUGGAGUAUUUUGUGGUUGCCGGACUUAAAGAGACGUCCAAGACGCUUGUAGAAGAAAUCGACAACUCCCACAGAACUAUUGCGCCGCAAGACCCAAUCGUUGAACUUGCCGUGAUCCACCGCGGACAGGGAGAGACGGCCCCGCAGGGGUUCACGUGUAUAGAACAUACGCCGUUUGGCUUCCCCGCGGACUUGAACCAUGGAAGCCUGCGGACUUCACCCAUACACCUGUGUUAUAGAAGAGGACGGGAUAAACCACCGCUCACAGAUAUAGGAGUUCUAUAUGAAGGCAAAGAACGAGUCAUGGCCGGUUGUGAGAUCAUACAUAGCACACCCUACGGCCGGCCUGCCAAUGUAAAUAACAAGGCUCCCCUAGGGGGACACAGAACUUAUAUCACCACCAGAAGAGCCUCGGAAAAUGCUGCCCACAAUUCCUUAGCGGUCACGGAUAUCUGUGUAAUACUUACCAACAAGGGCGAGACCCCGCCCCAUGCAUUCUGUCAGAUAGACAAGAACCUUAACAAGGGCAUGGUUGGCUCUGAUGUCUUUCUCUGUUACAAGAAGUCCAUGGCCAAGAUGAACUACAUAUCUUACAAAGCAGGCUUGAUAGGGAGGUAUCCCAUGGAAGAUUAUGAGAGUUUCCCCCUGCCGGAGCAAGUUCCCAUCUUCUGCCUUCCCAUGGGUGCCACGAUAGAGUGUUGGCCAAUGGAUGCCAAGCACCCACUCCCUGUGUUCUCCACAUUUGUGUUAACCAACGUGGAUGCUGAUAAGGUUUACGGUGCUGCGGUGUCGUUUUACGAGAGCUAUCCUCCAGAGAAACUCACAGAGGAACAGCGCAAGACACUAAACUAUCAGACUGAACUAGACAGGCAAACCAAGACCAUCCACACCAACAAGUGCAUCUCCCUGAUGUCUCAUUGGCCGUUCUUUGAUGCGUUUCGAAAGUUUCUGACCUACCUGUACAGGUUGUCUGUGUCAGGUCCGCACGCUGUGCCCUUAGAGAGACACAUCUCGCACUUCAUGCAUGACGUCCCGUUCCCAUCGCCCCAGCGACCAAGAAUACUCGUACAGAUGGGUGCUGUUGACUCCCUGUUGCUGAUGCAGCCUCACCAUUCUCCCCUGCCCCUCAGUGGUGCCUCCCUGACAGCCCUGCUGACCAACCUGGGCCCAGACAAUGCCAUGAACCUGCUGUUGUUUGCCCUGUUGGAGAACAAGAUCCUCCUGCACUCCCUACGACCUGCCGUUCUCACCAGCGUGGCAGAGGCACUACAACUGAUAUUGUUCCCCCUCCAUUGGCCGUGUCCAUACAUCCCCCUCUGUCCUCUGGACCUCGCUGAUGUCAUCAAUGCUCCUGUACCCUUCAUCGUCGGUGUUGACUCCAGAUACUUUGACUUAUAUGAGCCACCCCAGGAUGUCAUCUGUGUGGAUCUGGACACUAACUCCAUCAGACAACCUGGUGAUAAAAAGCUCAUUAACCACAAAAUCCUCCCAAAGAAACCUGCAAAGCUGCUACGAAACUCAUUAGUCCACUUGUGCAAUCAACUGAUAGAAGUUGAUAUUUUCCCAAGUAUUUACUUUGGUGUUCAUCGUCAAACCACACCCGAUGAAGUGGCUGUGGACUUGGCUCCCUUGGACGAUGGCCUGAAAAAACAGAAGAAGAAGCUGUCCAUAGAGCUUGCCAUCCAGGAAGCGUUCCUGAGGUUCAUGGCAUGCUUGUUGAAAGGUUACCGACAGUUUCUUCUUCCCAUCACGGAAAAGCCAACAGAGAGAGCAACAGACGCUAGCUCCCUGUUUGACCUGCAAGGCUUUUUGAGAAGCCGCAGCACCAACCAGAAGUUCUACACCCAGAUUAUGAAGACCCAGAUGUUCAUUGGCUUCAUCGAGGAGUGUUCCUUUGUGUCUGAGAAGGACACUAGUCUGGCCUUCUUCGAUGAGUGUAUGGACAAGGUGGAUCCUGAGAGGUCCGACAGGCCAGUUGAACAGCUCAUCGAUUUGGAAGAGUCUUUUAAGAGCGAGCACACAGUGUUUGUGACUCCCCCGGAGCCACGAGACCUCCCCGAUGACAGGAAGUACAGCUACACAGUGUUCCCUGACCUGGACCACAGCCUGUUCCUCCGUCCUCCCAACCUGGCUGACCAGUUCAAACAAGUCAGCACUUCCAAGCCAAGCAGUCCUAUGGCUGCCACCAGACGCACCAAGGCAGAGCUCAGGCAUUCACAGAAGGUUGCUAAGAAGAACUCAGGGUCACCAAUGUUGUGGGCAAAACUGCUCCUGAGCCACUGUUUCAGCCUGUGGUUCAUCUGUCUGCCUGCCUACGUCAAGGCUUCUCACUCCAAGGCCCGUGCGCUUCGCACUGCCUACGACAUGCUCAUCAAGAUGCAGCAUGCCUGCAGGAGGGACCACUUGGAUGAGGUGUGCUACCGUGUGGUGAUGCAGCUGUGUGGACAGCACAGCCAGCCUGUCCUUGCUGUCAAAGUGCUGAUGGAGAUGAAGCGGAACGGCAUCACCCCAAACGCCAUCACCUACGGACACUACAACAAGGCUAUUUUGGAGAGCAGAUGGCCCACUGGGAACAGAGACGGUUUCCUACUCUGGACAAAGCUUCGCAAUGUCAUCCUGGCCAUAGCGCAGUUCCGGCGGGGAAUCAAGCGGGCCGUACUGCAGAUGUCGGACAGCAGUGAUGCGGAUGCCGUCAGCAGAACUAGCGUGGAGAGCUUCCCCGAUGGGACAGCCUCCCAUACAGGUGCUGAGUUUGUCAACGAUGUGGUCAAGUUGGACACACAUGAUAGAAUAAGCAUGGGUGGCCAAUCAGAUCAAGGCUACAGCUCCAUGACAAAAGACGAGGUACGGCGAGGAGACAGUGGCGUGACGUCCCCCCUGACGGACCAGGACCUAAACUCCACCACCAGCAGCCAGUCCAGUGACUUGAACGCUCCGCAAGACAAGAGCAGGGGGAAGCAGGAUAACAGUUCAGAAAAUGAAGAUGAUACAAACGGAGUGGACUCAGAUGCCACCGUUCAGGAGCAGCCCAAGUUCGAGCCUGUAGACUAUGAUGGGCCUGAACCGUUCCGUCCACGCGUCAGCAGUAUCGUCCGUAACUCCGGCAGUAUGAGCAGUAUAAGUACUCUAAGGGGAAGCACAA